AUGACAACAACAGCCAUGCUGACAACUACUAAGUCCUUGAUACAUUUCUGGGGACCAGUUGCUAAUUGGGGUUUACCAUUAGCAGCUAUAGCUGAUUUAAAGAAAGAUCCAGAAAUAAUUAGUCCAAAAAUGACCGUUGCAUUAUGUUUUUAUUCAAUGUUAUUUAUGCGUUUUGCUCUUCAAGUUAAACCUAAAAAUCGACUUUUAUUUGCUUGUCAUUUUGCUAAUGAAUGUGCUCAAUUAGUACAAUUAGCAAGAUUUAUUAAUUACAAAUAUGGUACACCAUCACCAAUGAAACAAUAUGAAAUACCAUCGACUGUUGUCAAACCAGUGACAAAUAAAACUAACAAUUGA